AUGGCACAAAGUGCAAUUUCACAUGAGAGUCAGGCAGGCAGGGAAACACAGAGUACCAUUUCACCAAGCUUGAUUGGCAGCCACCAUCAGACCGAUUAUGCAGUCAUCAUCACCAAUCGUAUCAUUAAUCAGCCGCCGAACCGGGGGAGCAUAAAGUGCAAGUCUUGUUGCCUAAUUGAGGCUCUUUUUCCCUUAUCAGGCUGUGAAUUCAUGCGACCGGUCUGCCCCGCCAUCGGAAUUCCCAGACUCUCCCUCUUCUCUCGUGUUCUGACACGUCGUCUCCAAACAACUUUUGUGUAUUUACAACUAAGAGUCAUGUAUGCAUUCAAUCCGUCGGGCCCAACUUAUGGCCAGUCAGCCACAGUUGACGCACCCGGGUCAAGGAUGAUCAGAGCAGCCAGCACUCUGUACUUCGCCUACGGGAGCAACUUGCACCUCGCUCAAAUGGCCCAUCGCUGUCCCGGAAGUGUCUUCAAAGGGAAGGCCAUUCUUGAUUCUUAUCGUUGGCAGAUCAACGAGCGCGGGGUGGCCAACGUCGUUGAGUCUGGAAGCGAUCACUCAGUCGAGGGUCUUCUUUACAUGAUCGGUCCCAAAGACGAAAGAACCCUGGAUCGCUCCGAAGGAGUGUCAAAGGGUUUCUACCAGAAGUAUCUGAUGAGAGUUUCUUUCGAGCCUCACCAGCAAUACGCGAACUUCAAGACUGGUCGAUUAUCCCAUCUACUUGAGCAGCGCCGGGACUCGAUAAGCGGUGAUGGUGCUCACUUUCCCAACAAUGCCAAUCGCAAAGUGAGAUUCAAUGCACCACCUCAUAUUGGCCCUGUGUCCUACAUGGACGGCGAGGAGACUUCAGGACGCCAUGCACGUACUGAGCAAGUCAAAGCAUUGGUGUAUGUUAGCGAGGACUACGUUACCGAUGGCUCCAUCAGAGAGGAGUACAUCGCGAGGAUGCAAAGCGCCGUCAAUGAUGCAGUAUCACUGGGGGUCUCGAAGUCAUUUGUGGACAAAUAUAUCGUCCCGUUUCUUGACUCUCAGCAAAUUUGGCACUUAUCCGAGAGAAACGUCGGAGCAACUCAGCACGAACAGCCUAGUAAGCUGCUGGAACUUGAAUCUGAGCCAAAGGUUCAGGCCAUCAUCAGCAAGGAGUCAGCUGAAGAGCAAGUCAACAACAAGCCCCCAACUGAGAGCAACAUGGUGGACGUCUCAGAUCCGCCGACUGAUGAAAGGUCGAGUGACGUGGAGAUUAAUGAAGAAACGAACCAAGAAGCACUGUCGAGGGAGCCUGUGGUCAAGGAGGGUAACCUGUCUAGGCAUAUCGAUCUAUCGAAGCUCAGAACAGAGAACCGCGACGAAAAUGGUGGCUCCAGUUGCAUGUUCCACAUUGACUUGUUGGCAGCUGUUGACAAGGUCAACCAUUCCGUCAUCGAUGGUAGUGGGAAGAAUAUUUAUGUUGUCAUUGUCAAACAGAAGGGUACAGAGGCUAAUUCUGGCUUCAGCGUCGCCACAGCAUCCAAGGGGAUUCAAAUGGCUAAUGAGCUUGCUAUGAAAGAGUUCAAAGAGUUAUGUGCGCUGAACACUAAGCCAGUGGUGGAAGAAGGUGAAGAACCGGAUGUCGUGGUUGUCAAGGAGGGCUCUCCAGGUGAUCUGACCUGGAAGCUAGAAGAGGACGCAUAUCUUCAUCUCAGCAGCGCAAGACCUGGAGAGGAGCCUUGGUUGAUGGUAUGGGUGGAGUCAAAACAGCUCAUGGAAUGCCGUUAGAUAUCACAAAGAUGGGAACACCAGUGUCGAUCCUUCGACUCCAGGCGAGUAAUUU